AUGAUUCAAAAUUAUAUAAUUGAUAUUCAUCCGGAAAAACUUAAUACAUCGUCUCAGUUUCUACGACUCGUUGAACGUAUUCGAACACAUCUACACAAUAGAGAAGCUCGUUCAUGUCUAAUGUUACCAACAAAUGAUAUGAAAAAUGAACACAGAUUAAAAAACUAUACAUUCAUACAAUGGUCAGAAUAUUUAAAACGACGAAUAGAACAUGAUGAUCUAACUAGAAAAGCAUUGUUUCGAUUUUAUUCAACUAUUCAAGCAUUUUUAACCGAAGAGGAAGGAAGAAUAACUGCUUCAGGAAUUGGAUUUGGCACAGAUUCAUUAACUAAUACUGGCGAUCCAAUAUUUCAUUCAGUAAUGACUGUCGGAUCGAGUGAAUCUAUAAGAUCAGUGGGAAUUUUAAAAGACAGUACAGAGCUAAUACAGAGUACAUCAAACCUCUUGAUUCAAUCCCAACAAUCUAGUGGUGCAAUAGAAUCAACAUUAUACAGAGAUUCUGGAUUAUUAACACGAGCUACGCUAAAAGCGUUAUUAAAAGAGCCACGGCAACGCAACUCAGCCGAUAUACUUGCUCUACAACAACUAUUAAGUCGAUGUGAAAGUACAAGACGUUAUUCAGUCAGCGUUAGAUCAUACAUAGCUCGUUCAUUGUUAUUACUGAAUUAUCAUCCCGAAACAAUAAUUUCCAGACAAGGUCUACCAUCGUUUAUUGUGUACAUAAUUGUAUAUGGUCAAUGUCAAUUAUUAUUGGAAACGUCAAAAACAACUGUACUUGGAAAACAAUUAAAUAUUGGUGACGUUUUUGGCGAUGAAUCAUUACAUUCAAUCGAUCAACGUCUUAAUGGUCUAAUAACAACGAACCAUACUAGUUUUGUGGUAUUUUUUCCACGUGAUAUAAAAGCGUAUGAUUGUUAUUUGUCUGAUAUGAUGAAAAAAUCUUUGUUAGAUCGAUUACAAACUGAAUCAACAUUUAUUGCUAUUCAAUGGCGUCAAGAUAUAUUAAAUUAUUUUUUACGUUGGUCAAAAUAUAAACAAUAUUCUGUUAAUGAACCUAUCUAUGGAAACGAGAGCAAUAAACAUCCCGAUCUUUAUUUUAUUGUUCAAGGACAAGUGUCAUUCAUUCGAAUUAUAGAAUUGCCAUUAAUCCUAUUGAAACAUCCAGAAUUCAGUACCAGUAUAUUAAGAGAUUGGGAUCGAGAUAUCAAAAGUCGAACAUCCCAACAAAAAAGUGUUCUCUCGACAAAGUCAAGACUGAUAGAAGAAGAAAAAAAGGAACGUGCUCACUUAACUGAUAUCGUCGGGAAAAGUCAGAGUGAUGACUCGCCAAUGAGUCGAGUGAAUCGUGAUUCAAACGAUACUCAACAUAUACCUCAACCAUCAACAUCCCGAACUAAUAUAUCCAUCAAAUCUUUAAGAGCAGUAUUGACAGGAAAUACACUUUAUAAAGAGAAGAAUUCAACAACUAACAAUGGCGUUGAUAAUAAAAAUAUGUCUAAGAGUUCUGCAUUAACAUUAAGUGUAAUGGGUAAUGGAUGGAGCGACAGUCUAUUCCCAUAUACGGUUAGAAUAAGCCAAGAAUUACCAGAGAAAGGCUCAAUAUCGUUGAGACCGAAGAAAAAAAAUUGGCGUACUGUUUGGCAGUUUUUAGAAAUAUUUGUAUUGUCGCACGGCCAUUAUUUUGGAUUUGAAACUGAUACACAACAAGCAUGGUAUUUAGCACGCACUACAGUCGAUUUGAUUUCAAGUACAAAGUGUUCUGCAUUGAUCAAACAGGAGCUGGGUGACUUUGCUCCGAUGGUUUAUGAUAAAAUUCGUCAAGAUUUUAUUGAUAUAAUGUCCGAUGUGACAAGAGCAAAACAUGAGUAUAUAAAAAAAUUGAAAGUAAAUAAAUUAAGUGAGACAAAUUCAAAACAUAAUAGUAUCAGAACUCGUUCCUGUGAAUCAACACCUCACAAAUCAACAAUGGCAAUUAUAUCUGCGACGAGAGACAGUAAUGAAGAACAACACAAUGUAGUACCCGGACGACGUGAAUUAGGUCAAUAUAAAGAAAAUAUACAUUUGAUGGAUACGUCUCAUUGUGGAACUUUAACAUCACUUACCUUACAAAAACACACAAGAAAAAAAAGUCGAGAAACCAACUUAUUCGAAAAUUUUGAAAAGACUUGUAACAUCAAAUGA